UGACCAGUGGGCUGUCCUUAAACUUACUACAUUCAUUUCCUGAACAGCAUCCCAUGCACGCUGGAGUUAAAGAAAAAGUUUCUGUACCACACAGGACAGCCUACUUCAAAAGGUGCAAUGACAAUUAUAUCUGCUCUUCUGGGUGGCUCUGCUCACACGUGCAUGCUGGUCUUGACCUUCGCCUUCCUGGUUUGUGAGGUGGUGGUUGGCCAAAUCUGCAGGUCUCUCCUCAUCGCGGUGGAUAGCUUUCACACGCUCUACGUUUUCAUAAAUAUGGCUCUUUCUGUAUCGAAUCAUCGGCCUAAAACCUCUAACCCACAUCUUUCCUCUACCUGUUUGUCAGAACCACACAAAUCUGUUCUUUAUUCUGGUUCUUGCGCAGCCUCGGGUCCAUCUCUUCCAAACAUCACCCAGGCGGUUGACCCUGCGUCAGGGUCAAUGGGAUGUCCUGAGACACUCCCUGAUCGGGGACCCUACAGCAGGAUGCGACUUCAGCCUUUUGGUAUUCUGAUCUCAGCUCUGCUGUUGUCAUCUCAGUGCAUCUCGGUUAGUCUGGAGAUUCUCACUCGCCUUGUGCAGCCCGAAGCCAUUCAACAUCCACUCCUGUCCACUGUGGUUGGGGCAACUAGUCUGUUAUUCAAUAUAGUAAUGUUUAUCUGGAGAACGAGAAACCGAGGGAUGAGUCAAGCUGUUGAUGGGAGUGAGUUUCCAGGAAUGAUACAAACUGCCCUUCAUUCAACAUCACAGAGCAAAGGCAUUGAAGUCCAGGAUGAAGCACUGAUGUUCUGCAACCCUGAAGUUUUAAAUCCAGAUCAAAGCGUUCGGGACUGCUCUUCUAUAUGUUCUGAGUUACAAAACCACCAUGUUUCCAAACCGGUUCCUGAGCUCAAUCAGGCUCAAAUCCUCAAUUCCAGUGUCUGUGAAAGUACACCUAAAGUUCUUCAGUCUACAGAGGAACUUUCAGAGGAGCAAGUGUAUCCUACCGUCACUGAUCCCACUAUACCGUCAUAUGACCCGGCUGCUCCUCCUCCUGUGAUAUCCAGGUUCAGAAGACACUUCAUCACUGUGACCCAGGACCUUCUGUGUUCAGCUCUCAUUUUAGUUAAUGGUCUUGUUGUCCUCCUCAUGAAACCGCACUGCCAUCGUCCUCAUUCAGACUGCCAUCUUCUGGUCUAUUUAGAUGCAAGUUUUUCCAUACUAGUCAUUGUAGUUUUAUUAGCUACAGCCCUGCCUAAGCUUUAUCGCUAUGGACUGCUUGUGCUCCAGGCAACACCCCUGCAUCUCUGCAUCAAUGAGGUGCGGGAUUCUCUCACUCGUGUGCCGGGUGUAUUGACGGUCCAUGAGCUGCACGUGUGGCAGCUCUCAGAAACAUUUGUGGUGGCGUCUGUGCAUGUACACUGUCCAGAAAAACUGAAUGCAGAAGAGUGUUCAGAUCUCAUGCUGAAGAUCACAAGGGUGCUGAAAGCCUUCGGUAUAAACCACUGCACUGUGCAGCCUGAAUUCCUUCCUUCUGAAAGGAGUUAUGCACUGAAUAGUGGUGGAGAUGGACCAGCAGCGCCUGUGAGCUCAGGUUGUAGCUUACGUUGUGGGCAGGAAUGUGCUGAGAAGCUCUGCUGUUCUUCACAGAAGAGCUUGAGGUCUAUCUGUCCACAAGAAGAGAGCUUCACCCCUCCUGCUCCCUCUAGUGUUGGCACGACUACAGAUGUGAUUAUUGAGAACACAUACCUGUGA